UGAGGACAUUGCAAAUAAGUUAGAAUUAAGUCAAAAGACCAGCUGGGUUUUCUGCAAUGGUGGUAUAGAGGAUGAGGCACCCUCAGACAUAGACCAGUGGUUAAUGGACAAGGGAGCCUCUAUUCAAGAUGUGAUUUCUUUCUGGUGUCGGAAAGAUGUACUUCCAAACAAGAGAUUUCUUGUCAUUUUCUUACUUUGGUCAACCGUGAGUGAAGAACUCGACCCUCUUGUUGAAACUUUCUAUAAAUUCCAGAAGGAGCUUGGUGGCACAGAUCAAAUCCUUUGUAUAUGUGACAGUGAAAAUGCAUUUACCUCCUGGAAAGAUCUAAUUGAGGCUCGGUGCGGAAUCGACAUCUCUGGUAGAUGUAUAUAUAAGCUCAGUUUUGCUGAAGUCAGUGGCACUAUCCUUAGCCUUUCAUCAAAAAAUCAUAGAUCCAAUCGUUUCUUAACCAGUGAUGGGGGAAGCAGAGUGCUUCUAAUGCCAGAAGUGGAGCAUAGCCUGAAUACCUUAGAUAUCCUUUGUGUGAACCAAUGUGAAGGAGGAAAUGAGGAUAACAUUGUCAUAGAUAAGGAUUUAUACAGAGAAGGGAAAGCAUCAUGGCAGACUUUUUAUUACUCAGAGCAGCCUGGAUCCUCCUUUAUCAAACAAAAGAAAAUUGACUUAAUUGAGAAUAAAGUCAAAGUUUUGCGCUCUCAGACAAAAGCCUGUGUGUUGUUUAAUCUCAUCCAUGCACCUGGAUGUGGUGGGACAACUUUGGCCAUGCAUACUUUAUGGACUCUCCGGGACAGAUACCGUUGUGCUGUCCUUAAAGACAAUGACGCUGACUUGUCUGUAGUAACUGAUCAACUGGUCAAACUUUUAACAUAUGGCCAUGAGGAGAAAUUACCACACGUCCCUGUUAUGCUAAUGAUAGAUGACUUUGAUGACAUGAAAAAAGUAGCUAAGUUGCAGCAGCUAAUUGAAGAAGAAUGCAUAAAGAAAAACAUUAAGUCUACACAGGUAAUUCUCCUGAAUUGCAUGAGGUCAGAGUCCCCUCUGCUUCCUGAAGUAACUAAAGACACUGUUUUCCUUGGAAAUGACCUAUCUGAUGAGGAGCAGAAACAGUUUACAGGAAAAAAACCAAUUAAAACAUUUUAUGAAUUGAUGGCCAUGAAAACAAACUUAAAGUCACACUUUAUCCAUAACACUCUGAAGACCUUCAGUAUUGAUGAGAAGCAUGCCAAACUUCUGGCUAUAUUAACUAUUUUAAAUGUGUACUGUGAGGACUCUUCUCUCUCUGUCUCUCUGUGCCAGAAGUAUCUUGGUUUAUCCAAACCCAUUUGUGGCACUGACAGAGUCCAAGAAGCAUUUGGGAAGUUUUCAAAUUUAAUUAGCUACACCACAGUUAAGGGUGAGUUAGAAUACAAGGCUGUGAAAAUUAUCCAUCCGAAAUUUGCAGAGUUUUGUUUGCGGGAACUUAAAACAACUCACAAAAUGACAAAAGCUGAGAUUACCAACCUACUACUGACAACAGAUGAGUUUUAUGAAACCACAGACGGCAAAUUAAAACUCUUGGAAGAUGUACACCACAUUAUAGUGGGGAGACAUUUGGUGGAGCAAAGCAUUCCAAUGCGACUAUGCUGUAUAUUCUCCUGUGUUGUGCAGGAGGCAAAGCAACUAGCAAAGGGAAGAGAGACAAAACAAAGAAAAAACACUCUAAUUCAAGAUAUUGAAAAUGAAACUCCAGGUUUAGAAGAGAAGGUACUUUUGAAUUCAUUAGAAAGGUUUAAGAAUGAUCCCAGCAUUACCCAAUUACUAAAUCAUACUAUCGCCAAAAAAAGAAGAGAGGGACUGGGAUUUUGGAACAGAGUACAAAAGAAGUUUUCAAAGAUGAUUUAAGACAUGCUAUGGCAAAACUGCAUGAUUUGUUUUUUUUCCCCCCGAAUUUUAAAUUUUAAUCAAAACGCUAUAACUGUCUUUAGUGUUGAGCCACUGGGUUACAAAAGUGUGGUUGGGGUUAGCCAUGUCUGUCACUGACCCAUUAUUCCCCUGUUAGGUUUAGAUGGCUCUCUCCCAAUAGGGGAUUUCUCAUUGAAAUGUUUAGUGUGGCUGCAAACGUGGGUAGAGCAGUUGUCUCGGGAGCACAUCCCUGGCUGCAGAGGGUUGCUGGUUUUCCAGCUGCUUAUCUGUCCCAGCGGUUUUCAGUGCAUAAGUACCCCCCACAAGUAGUGGCACGAAGACCAGGGUUGAGUUGAGUUAGUCUUGUGUCAGAUAGAUAGGGCUGGGGAGGGUCUCUGUUUUUGUGAUGGCUGUCCUCUGACUUGCAUUGUACUCAGUGGUGCCAGCAUCAAUGCCCUUUUGUUUUUUAAAUGUAUUGCUUGUAGUGAUGGUGUAAUGUAAUUAUGUGUGAGUGUCAUGUCUAGCACCACUGUGCUUGUCCCACUGAAAAAGGUUUCUGGAAACUCUGGUGUGCAAAACAAGCCAUGACCUUACAUUCGAACUCUGUAACAUUGGUGUCAGUAAUAAAGUUGUAUA